AUGUCUCAACUGGUUUGGAAAACUCUGUCAAAAGCCGUCCCUGUCGAUGCUGUAGUUCAAAGUAAAGGUAUUCAAUUGGCCUCUAGAUGUUACUAUUGUGAUAUGUCCCCACCCUCAGGCCACCCAAAACACAAUACGAAGACUCUUUUACACUCGUUCAUGGAAGGGGACCUGGCUACAGCUAUUUGGCAGCAUUUUGCUAUGAAUAUGGGAUUCCAUCUGCAGCGUGCUUUAUCGGUUGAACAGAGGCUCCAUCAGUGGUGGGCCUGCCAUGUGAUUCGGAAGGAAGACUCCAUCUCUCAAAAACUCUUCCCAUGCUACAUCCUGUGGGAGAUUUGGAUUGCUAGAAACAGGGCAAAAUAUGAUGGGGUGCGCCCUUCCCUUCACAAGAUUCUGUCUACAAUCUGCUGGAAAGCUAAACUCCCUGUCAGCUUCUUUCCUCAGGUAAGGUAUAGAUCCCCUUCGACGCAAACUCCUACGUCUUUCCUGAAUGUGGCAGUUACUCAUGGUACGUCCCAGCUCCCUAGUCCUCUUGGAUUUUGGAACAAUGGGCAAACUUCUCUACUGCAUAUCUCUGCUACUACGGAGAUAGUUAAGUGGUAUCGGUCGUCACCAGGAUGGGUAAAAAUUAAUGUAGAUGGAUUGGCUUUGGGGAACCUAGGCCUAUCAGGUGGUGGGGGGAUUUGUCGAGGAGAUAAAGGAAAUUUUAUCUUUGCUUUUACCACUGGGUAUGGUCACGGAUCCAAUGUCCAUGUGGAACUGCGGGCUUUUCACGAUGGCAUCUAUUGUUGUCUGUCCAAAGGCUUGAAGAAGGUGAUUAUCGAAUCGGAUUCUCUACUACUUAUAAACCUCAUUUCGGGAGAGGCAAGCCCUGGAUGGAAAUGGGAAGCUUGGAUUUCCAGAAUCAAAACUCUUAUGGCGUUGGCUGAGGUUAAGAUAGCCCAUAUCUUUAGAGAAGGCAAUGCACCGACAGAUUCUUUAGCUCAAAUGGGUAGUGCGAACCAAAGCUUCAUGAUCUUUGAUGACAUUCAGAGUCUUCCUCCUAGGACCAGGGGUACGAUCUUCCUUGAUGAACUAAGUUUGGGAGCGAUCAGAAAAGCUCAUUCUCUGUAG